AUGGGGACGAGAGAGAGGGAUAGGGAGAGGGAUAAAGAUCGAGAGCUGCUUAUCCCCGUCGCAACCAUCUCCGACGAUGAAGACUCCAAAUCCUCCUCCUCUCCUCCUACUCCUACAAUCUCCUCCACCUCCCAUGGCCGCGAGGCAUUUUUAAAAGUAAUCCGUAGCUGGGCAUGGAAAAAGUUUAUGACAGGGUGUGUCAUACUUUUUCCACUGGCCAUUACAUUCUAUGUUACUUGGGGUUUUAUUCAUCUCGUUGAUGGUUUCUUCUCCCCAGUCUAUGAUCACCUAGGCAUCAAUAUUUUUGGUCUAGGAUUUGCUACAUCCAUCACAUUUAUCUUUUUAGUAGGCAUUUUCAUGUCAUCUUGUGGGGCUUCGGUUCUUACUCUCGGCGAAUUGUUCAUUAAGAAGAUGCCGCUAGUGAGCUAUAUUUAUAGUGCCUCAAAGCAAAUAAGUGCUGCAAUCUCACCAGAUCAGAAUUCUAAUGCUUUCAAAGAAGUCGCAAUCAUUCGGCAUCCUGGUAAGGGGCAAUAUAUGUUUGGUUUCAUUACUUCUACAGUUGUUCUUCAAAAGGGUAUAGGUGAAGAAGAACUUUGUUGUGUUUAUGUUCCCACAAAUCAUCUUUAUCUUGGUGAUGUCCUUCUCAUUAGUUCAACUGAUAUUUUGAGGCCUAAUAUAUCCGUUCGAGAGGGGAUCGAAAUUGUUAUCUCUGGGGGCAUGUCUGUGCCUAAAUUAUUCACUAUGAUUGAUCCUUCCGGCAUUUCAGCAACAAGAACAGUCAAUUUUGAAGCAUCAGUAUGAAAAUGGAUUAACAAUAAUUAGAGCUUAAUUUCUGUUUCUUAUAUAUACAUAUUGGACCAAGCAUACACUCAAUUCAUUCAAGAAAUCAAUAUUUGAAAACAUAUAUAUGGUACAA